AUGUUGAUAACAGUCAGAGAAGUUUCUUCUUCUCUUUGUUCCAUCAGUUCUCUUUCACUGCAUUCCAAUUAUAAACAGUGUUUUAAUAAUAAGCCCAGCAAUUACUUUCAGAAGAACAGUAAAAACUCCAUUUGCAGAGCCACCCUUACUGUCCAGAGAAAGCCUGACCCUUCAUGGAACCUUAAGCAAAGCUGUGAGAGUUCUGAAUUUGAUCCACUGGGAAUUAAUUCAGAUGGAUUAUUAGAUACAAAACCUGCUUGGAAAGAUGCCUGGGCCUCAAUUUCUCAAGCACUUGAGAGUGCCUCAAAUACUAGAAAGGAAAAAGCUUCAUCAGCUAGAGGAGUGGCAGCUGCAAUUGAGGACACUAGCAUUGAUUUUGGCGAUUUCUUCAAAGGCCCACUACCAGAAAAGUUUCUUAAGCUCUUGGGCUAUCUUGCCGUGUCACGGCUUGGAAUAUACAUACCUCUUGGUGGUGUAAAUCGAGAAGCAUUUGUUGGUAAUCUAGAUCAAAACAGUCUAUUGAGCACUUUAGAUUCAUUUUCUGGAGGAGGCAUUGGUCGGCUUGGAAUUUGCUCUCUUGGUAUUGUGCCCUUUAUCAAUGCACAGAUUGUUUUUCAGCUUCUCACACAAAUAUACCCCAAGUUGCAAGAACUCCAGAAAAGAGAAGGCGAGGCUGGAAGAAAGAAAAUUCUUCAGUACACUCGCUAUGCUUCUGUUGGAUUUGCCAUAGUACAGGCAAUUGGCCAAGUGCUCUUUCUUCGCCCUUAUGUCAACGACUUCAGUACUCAGUGGGCUCUCACUUCUGUUAUUUUGUUGACUCUUGGUUCAGUUUUUACAACAUAUAUUGGGGAAAGAAUAACUGACUUAAAGCUUGGGAAUGGUACAUCUCUUUUGAUCUUCACAAAUAUUAUCUCCUACUUGCCAGCAUCUUUCGGGAGGACAGUUGCACAGGCUUUUCAGGAUGGUAACUAUGUUGGACUUAUUGCCACCAUUGUUUCCUUCUUCCUCUUAGUCCUUAGCAUUGUGUAUGUUCAGGAAGCAGAGAGGAAAAUUCCGCUUAAUUAUGCUUCAAGAUUCACCAGCAGAACUGGGGGACUUGAAAAAUCUGCUUACUUACCAUUUAAGGUGAAUAGUUCGGGAGUGAUGCCAAUUAUCUUCUCCACUUCAUCCUUGGCUCUUCCAGGAACACUUGCACGCUUUACUGGUUUGGGUGUCCUAAAGAAUGCUGCUGCAGCUUUGAACCCCGGGGGUUCUUUUUAUCUGCCGACCAACAUUCUAUUAAUAGCCUUCUUCAACUACUACUACACAUUUCUGCAAUUGGACCCUGAUGAUGUCAGUGAACAGUUAAAGAGGCAAGGUGCCUCAAUCCCUCUUGUCCGGCCAGGAAAAAGUACAGCUGCAUUCAUCAAAAUGGUUUUGAGUCGCAUAUCAGUCCUUGGUUCUGCGUUUUUGGCAAUCCUGGCUGCUGGUCCUGCUGUGAUUGAACAAGCUACCCAUCUGACUGCAUUUCGGGGAUUUGCAGGCACGUCAGUUCUCAUUCUUGUAGGUUGUGCAACAGACACAGCAAGAAAAGUUCAAGCAGAGAUAAUUUCUCAGAAGUACAAGAAUAUAGAGUUCUAUGACAUUGAUAAAUAUUGA